AUGGACUUCGCAGGAUGUCCUGACGACGAGAAGUUCGGUCCCGUUGUCCAGGGCUGCCGUGAUGACUUCGACUUCACCAUCAAGUUCGAGAAGAUCUUCUUCAGCUUGAUCCCGGCCUCUCUUCUCAUCGCGGCAGCUCUGUGUCGUGUGGUCUAUCUGCUGCGUAGGCCGGUCAUUGUGGGGGGACGAGUACUCCAAGUAGCUAAAGUUGCGACCGUCGUUGUCUAUGCCGCUCUCCAGUUCUCGCUGCUCCUUCUAAGCAGCAUCAACGCUCAGAGAUUCAGGGCUCUCUUCGUUUCUUCGGACACCCUGAGUCUGGCUUCGGCGCUCUGUAUGCUUGUGCUAUCCUUUCUGGAGCACUCGCGCUCUCCUCGGCCCUCAACCCUCCUCAGUGGAUAUCUUUUCGUCACAAUCCUAUUCGACAUCGCUCAAGUCCGCACGUUCUGGCUUGCUUCAACAAACAGCAAGGAGUUGGCCUUCUCUCGACUGUCCACAUGCGGCGUCGUGAUCAAAGCCUUGAUGAUCUUGCUGGAGGCCCGGUCCAAAUCGAAGUGGAUUAUCCAGUGGGAUGUCAAAGAACACAGCCCAGAGGAGACAACCGGCUUGUAUGGCCUUGGUGCCUACCUCUGGUUGAAUGCACUCUUCUUGAAGGGCUACCGCAAAGUGCUGGAAGUCAACGAUCUUUACCCCCUGGACAAUGACAUGGCUGCCGAGAGUCUUCAUGCUCGGCUUUCGCAUCAUCUCGACGUUUCCACGUUCAAGGGCAAGAAGCAUGGACUUGCCGUGGCCCUUGCAAAAGCCCUGGCCGUUCCACUCAUCCUCCCUGUGGUACCUAGGGUCGCACUCGGGGCUUUUCGCUUCUGCCAGCCAUUCAUCAUCGAGUCUCUGCUCAAACAUCUGGGCAAGAAGGACGAGGUCUCGCCAGACAACAUCGGUUACGGGCUGAUCGGAGCAACCAUCCUUGUCUAUGUCGGCAUCGCGGUAGCCAACGCCUUCUAUUGGUAUUUCCAGGAACGCGUCCUGUAUAAGGCACGAGGUCUCAUGGCGAAAGCUAUCUACAUGAAGACAACGGAACUCAAAAUUACUGCUUCUGAUGACUCGGCCGCCCUUACGCUCAUGAGCACAGACAUUGACCGCAUCCUCCUAGGCUUCCAUCCUAUCCACGAGUUCUGGGCCAAUAUCAUCCAGGUUGCCCUGGCUUGCUGGCUCCUGUCCCGACAAAUUGGUCCAUCUUUUGUUGCUACGCUCAUCGUCGUCACCGCCUGCUUUCUUUGGACUGCCAUUCAGGCCAAGUUUGCUGGCCCCAGACAAAAGAUCUGGAUGGAGAAAAUCCAGAGGCGGGUUGGCCUGACUUCGACCAUCAUCGGGCAGAUGAAGCACCUGAAAAUUUCUGGUCUCUCCCGUCCCAUUGAGCAGUCCAUUCAAGCCCUGAGGGUUGACGAACUCAAGGCAAGCGCUCGAUACCGGCAGCUGAUGGUUUUUGCCGCUUUCAUUGGCCUCAUGCCGGGCUUUUUGUCUCCGCCGGUUACCUUUGCGUUUGCUUCCAGGAAGUUGGAUGUCACGACCAUCUUCACGUCUCUUUCUUACAUCACGUUACUUACGGAACCUCUGGGGCUUAUCUUCCAAUGGUUCCCAAUGCUGGUUGGGACGUUUACUUGCUUGAAUCGCAUCCAGGCUUUCCUCGAGCAAGACGCUCGUCACGAUUACCGUGAGCAAACGGUUCGCGGGCAGACCACUGUGACAGCCCCCGCAGACACAGAAAAAUCUGUUGACGAGGGCUCUCCCUCCGCCAGCUCUGCCAGAUUGAUAGUCCGUGGCGGAGCGUUUGGAUGGGAUCCGGAGCGACCGGUUCUCAAGGACAUCAAUUUCGAGAUCCCCGCUUCACGUCUCACCAUCGUCAUCGGGCCCGUGGCUUCCGGCAAGACAACACUCUGCAAGGCGCUUCUCGGUGAGGUGCCAGCGGCACACGGCCAUGUCUCCAUGUUGGGGCCGAGCUUAUCUAGCAAAAUCGGCUACUGCGAUCAAAACCCUUACCUGUGCAAUGAGACAAUCCGCGAGAACAUCAUCGGUUUCCGGCUCUUCGACCGAGAACGCUACGACGAGGUGAUCGAAGCUACGAUGUUAAAGCCCGAUCUCGCUCUGCUACCCCAGGGCGAUCAGACAAAGAUCGGCAGCAGCGGGAUCACGCUGAGUGGAGGCCAGAAGCAGCGCGUUGCGAUAGCAAGGGCCCUCUACCUCGACACUGACUUCUACAUAUUCGAUGAUAUUCUUAGCGGGCUUGACGCCGACACGGAGAAGCAGGUCUUUCUGCGCGUCUUCUCGCCUAGUGGAUUGAUUCGGAAACGGAAUGCCACUGCUGUGCUCUGCACUCACUCAGUGCACCACCUGCCCUCUGCGGACCAUAUCAUCGUGCUUGGGCAAGAUGGCACGCUGCUUGAGCAGGGCACAUUCCAAGAAUUGAUGGCCAACGACAAGUAUGUCUCAACGCUCGGAGUCUUGGACUCGUCGGAGUCGAACUCAGAAGGCAGCUGGGCUACUCCCAAGGAGGACGUUGCACCGAGUGACGGUUCUGCUCGGGUACUGCCCGCAAAGACGCAGCUGCCUGUCAUGUCCGAAGCCGAGGCUCGGGCGCGGAUGACCGGCGACUGGGCCGUUUAUCGACAUUACUUUGCCCGCAUCGGCUUGCUGUCGAAAGUGACCUUCAUCGUCGGCGGCGUAUCAUGGGGUUUCUUCCUCAACUUCUCGACCAUCUGGCUCAAGUUCUGGUCCGAAGAUGUCCAGUCUCCUAAGCAAAGCCACUCUAACGCUUUCUGGAAUGGAUUGUAUGCUCUUUUCCAGAUGUGUGCCAUCUUCACCCUCCUCGUGGUCGCCAUGAUCAUGAUGAUCAUGAUGGUUUCUAUUUCUGGCGCAAAGCUGCAUCAAGAGGCGCUGGCGACUGUCAUCAAUGCCCCGCUGAAGUUUUUUGCGACUACCGAUACCGGUGCUGUCGUUAAUCUCUUCUCUCAGGACAUGACGCUCGUGGAUAUCCAGCUGCCGAAUGCGUUUGUGAACCUGGUGCUUGACGCGUGGGGUGUGAUUGGUAUGGCGGCCGUUAUCGCAGCUACAUCACCCUACCUCGUCAUUACGUACCCUUUCUUAUGUGCGGUGCUCUAUGUGCUGCAGAAGUUCUACCUCCGCACGUCCCGGCAGAUGCGCUUGCUUGAUCUGGAGGCGAAGAGUCCGCUUUACUCCCACUUCAUCGACACCCUCAAGGGCAUCGACACCUUCCGUGCCUUCGGCUGGAUUCAAGACAGCAUCGCGAAGAAUAGCAAGCUCCUGGACACCUCUCAAAGGCCUGCCUACCUUCUCGCUAUGAUCCAGCGCUGGCUGGCAUUCACGCUCGAGAUGAUUGUCGCUCUUCUUGCCGUAGCGGUGGUGGUGCUCGCUACACAGCUCCGCUCGAACCAGGCGCUUGCCGGCGCCGGUUUGGUUACUUUGAUGGUCUUCGGGGAUAACCUAACUGCAAUCAUCCGGUUUUACACCCAACUCGAGACAUCGAUUGGCGCGGUCAGCCGGUUGAAGUCGUUCGGUGAGAAGGUUGAGUCGGAGAAUAGGCCGGGCGAGGAUUUGGUGCCGCCUAAGGAGUGGCCGAGGAAGGGGGAGAUUGAGAUCAAGGGGGUUUCGGCUUCGUAUGGCGCCGCCGAUCAAGAAGAAGAUGAAAAGAUCCACCUCGCCCUGAACGACAUCAACCUUCAUAUCUCCCCCGGCGAGAAGGUAGCCAUCUGUGGCCGCAGCGGCAGCGGGAAAUCCUCCCUCCUCCUCCUCCUCCUCCGCCUGCUCGACCCCACUGACACCAACACCUCCACCUUAACACUCGACUCCCUCCCUUUAACCCGUAUUCCCCGAUCCCUCCUCCGAGACCGGCUCAUCGCUAUCCCUCAAGAACCCGUCUUCCUCCCUUCCACAACCUCCACCUCUUCUCCUCCCCCCUCGUCAGGAUCAGAAUCAAGUUCCAAAAAGGCCGUAACGGCCACAACAAUCGAAACCAACCUCGACCCCGACUACCUCGCCACACGCGAAGACUGCAUCGCCGCCCUGCAGCGCGUCACACUCUGGGAUUUCAUCUCCUCCCGCGGCGGGCUUGACGCGCAAUUAGCUACAGAUACCUUUUCACAGGGUCAGAAACAGCUCUUCAGUCUGGCAAGGGCGAUCGUCCGGAGGAGGGUGCGGGCCCGGGAGACAGGGAACGACUCCGACAAUGGUGGAGAUGGCGGUGUGCUGCUCCUGGACGAGGUCAGUUCUAGUGUGGACAGGGAGACGGAAGAGACCAUGGCGCGGGUGAUCGCAGAGGAAUUUAAAGGAUGGACAGUAGUGAUGGUGAGUCACCGGUUGGGGAUGGUGAUGAGGUGGUUUGAUCGGGUGGUGGUGAUGGAUAAGGGGGGGAUUGUUGAGACGGGCAGGCCAAGAGAGUUGGUGGAGCAGGAAGGUUCGCGGUUCCGGGAGCUGUGGUUGGCGCAGGCAGGCGGGCAGAAUUAA